AUGGAGAUUUGGACCUGGAUCCCAGGCUGCUUCUCAAAGGGCCUCCUGUUCUUAGCCUUGUUCCUGGCCCUUCGGCUGCCCCAAGGCUCCCAGGCAGCCCUCCACAUCCAGAUGAUUCCAGAGCAGCCUCAAAAGAACCAGGACCUUCUCCUGUCCCUUCAUGGUGUCCCUGGCACUGCCCAGGACUUUGUCUGGUACCUGGGGGAGGAGGCUUCUGGGGGCACAAGGCUGUUCUCUUACAUCCCUGGACUACCACGGCCCCAGAGGGACGGCAGUGCCAUGGGACAGCGAGACAUCGUUGGCUUCCCGAACGGUUCCAUGCUGCUUCGAAGUGCCCAACCUUCAGACAGCGGCACCUACCAGGUGGCUGCCACCAUGAACCCUGCCUGGACAAUGAAGGUCAAGAUUGACGUCCAGGUGGCUGAUGCACACGGGCCCACCUCACACCUCUCUGUCAAUGCUGGGAUCACGGCAGCCAUCAUCACUGGGAGUCUUGCUAUCGGGUCACUACUUGUAUGUGGCAUUGCCUACCUCCUGGUCACUCGAAGCCGGAAGGGCCGGAGCCCCAGGAAUCCAGCUACAGAGAAGCCAGAGGUGAACACGAGUCCUGAGUCUGGUGACAGCAACAUCUAUGAAGUGAUGCCAUCUCCAAUGUUCCUGGUGUCCCCUGUCAGUGACAUGGAGUCAGAAAACCCACCCAUGAGGCUGCCUCCUCCACCUCCACCAGCCUCUCAGGAGCCACAGCCAGAGAACCAGUACUAUCAGGACCUACUAAAUCCCGACCCAGCCCCAUACUGCAAGCUGGUGCUAACUUCCUGA